AUGUUAUUCCUGAAUGAUGCGAUACUAGUUUUGUGGGGCCGCAGGAAAGUCAUGAUUCGUGUAGAUGCAAAACUAGGCGCUCCAAAGGAUGGUGCCUCACCUAUUGAAUUGUUCCAGGCCGAUGUUUACCCCUUGAAAAUACAUUUGACUGAGACCAUGUACCGGAUGAUGUGUGGAUAUUUCUUCACGGAGGAGGAACAAGACAGCCACCGGCGGCAGGAAGUUUGGAAGGUCUCGACAACUGCUGGUUUAAGAAGAGGCAAAACCAAGGAAUUAGAGGGAUCCUCCAAAUCAACCACUGCCGACCCCUUGGCAUCAAAGAAAGGGAAAGUAUCAGGCCAUGAGUUAAGGAGAAGCUCUUCUUUUGAUAGAACAUGGGAAGAAAAUGUAGCCGAAUCUGUGGCUAAUGAACUUCUAGAACAAAUGCAAUCCUUUGAACAGGAAGAGUUGAGUAAACCUAAAGCCAAGGACUCAAAAACUUGUGCAAAAUCAUCAAAAACUGGAAAAGCUUCAAAACCUGGACAUGAAGAAAAGAAGGUAGGUAAACCAACCGAUGGAAAGAAAGGCAAGCCUGAGGUGAUUAGAGAGUUUCAUAAUAUCAAGAUAAGUCAGGUGGAACUACUGGUGACUUAUGAAGGUUCAAGAUUUGCAGUAAGUGAUCUGAGGUUGCUGAUGGAUUCAUUCCACCGUGUUGAAUUCACUGGAACUUGGAAGAAGCUGUUUGCCAGAGUUCAAAAGCAUGUUAUUUGGGGAGUCCUCAAGUCUGUCACUGGAAUGCAGGGUAAGAAGUUCAAAGAUAAGUUGCAUGGUCAAAACAAAGAACCAAAUCUAGCGAAUGUCCCGACACUUGAUCAUGAUAGCGACAACGAGGAUGGCUGCAAAUCCGAGAAUCAUGGUUUAGGUUUUCCUAAACGGCCUGCUGCUGCUGAUGGAGCUGGUGAUGGAUUUGUUACCUCUGUUAGAGGACUAUUCUCUACACAACGCCGCAAGGCCAAAGCCUUUGUCCUUCGCACAAUGAGAAAUGAAGGAGAAGAGCCAAUGCCUGGCGACUGGAGUGAUAGCGAGGAUUAUUCUCCUUUUGCUAGACAACUCACUAUAACAAAAGCCAAGAAACUUAUCAAACGCCACACCAACAAGUUUAACUCACACAAAGGUUUUUCUGUUGACGGACUUCCAUUUUCACCGAGAGAUCACGGGGCAUCUGAAACUGAUUCUUCGAGUGGUGAUCCUUUUGAGGAAUACCUCGAGUACAAAGCUGCCCAAGAAAAUGAUGCCCAGGAAAACACUCUUGCUGAAAAACCACCAUCCACGCCGUAAUGUGGUUGCUAAAAACAACCCAAUGUAGAUAUAUAAACAAAUUAUAGUUUCUUUAUGAUGGUUUAACUGCAUUUUGAUCUUUCUUUCGAUCUUUAUUUAUGGGAGUUGUAUACACGGAACAAAUUUAUAUGUUGUAGAUGUUCUUGUUACCAGGCGAUUUGACAAUUUGACAGUACUCAAGAGGUUCAUGAUUAUGUAUACAUGAAAUUUCUGUAUUUAGAAUCAAAAUAAAGGUGAAAUUUUUUACGAU